UCCGAUUCCCACGCCGACUCCGACUCCGACUCCGACUCCGUUAAUGGUGUCGACGGCGCUCUAGCUUCGGAUGGAGUCCGCUUCCUCCACCGCCUUCUCCUUCGCUCUCCGGCGCUCCUCAGCCGCCGAGCUCGGCAGCGGCUUCGCUCGGCGGACGGGGAGGCCGUGCGUGCGCGCCUCCGCUCUGUCGUACCGGCAGUUCGUCCAAUUCGCUCUGGACGAGACCGCGCUCCACACCCGCGUGGCUCCUUCUCCUCUGCAGGAAAGGUUCGGCUCCAUGAAGCCACUGGAUGAUAAAACAGAGAUCGAGUUGUUGUCGUAUGAAGCGCCGAAAAUUAGGUUGCUUCGGAGUUUGAGCAUUCAAGGGAGCAAGGGACUGCAGGUUUUGGAUUUUGCUAUGUUUCCAGAACCAGAAUACGAUCUGCCUAUAUUCUGUGCCAACUUUUUCACUGCUGCUGAGACAAACAUAGUUGUUCUGGACCUUAACCCUCUAUAUGACGUUGUCAAGCACAAAGAAUACAAAGAUAAGUACUAUGAAGGCCUUAUGUCUUUAGGUCUCAAUUAUGCUGAGCUUUUACCAUGGGGUGGAAAAUUAACGGGCGAAUCGUUGAGAUUCUUCUCACCAAUAGUCAUAUGGACCAGGUUUAAGUCUAGUCAACACAUGCUUGACGUUUUAUACUCUGCGUUCAUGGAUUAUCUCAAGGCUUGGCUUGGUUUGAUGGACCUAGGAAUAAGGGAGACUGAUGCAUCUCGAAUUAUAGCCAACCGCGAGGCGCAGCAUCGGUAUCUGACUUGGAGAGCAGAAAAGGAUCCGGGUUAUGAAGUUUUGAAAAGGUUAUUUGGGGAGACACGUGCAAAGAAUGUGGUCCGGAGCUUCCUAUUCGACGGAGUCGAUUCACUAGGCAGCAAAACAUUUUUGGAUUACUUUCCAGAAUAUCGAUGUGAAGAAGGAAGAGUAAAUGAGAAGAGAAGCAUGCUUGGGAAGUCUUUUGCAACUCGCCCAUGGAACAGAAAAGGAGAAUUUAUAGGAAACCGUAAUGACUAACUUGCCCUGUUCAUUGUGCUUCUGUUGCCACCUUGGCUGCGUCUGUUUUAUUGUGCUACUGCACUUAACUAGUACAUAAGUGAGCUUUCUCUCUCUUCGGGCUAGCAGCCUCUUUUCGGGUUUGGUUAUUUAUUCCUCAAAUUGACAAAGUUGUUAUCUCAGUCGUUUGUAAUUUUCUCAUUGUUCUUGCCAAAAAUAAGUCCUUUAUCUGUAAGUACGAUGCAAGAGUUUGAAAAAGUAGCUUACAUGUGAUUAAUGCACCUAUCAUUCCUGUAA